AAUUCCCAUCCCAGUCCCUCCCUCCCGCUCUCCCUGACGUCAGCUGGAAGGCGUGUGUGAGUGAGUGAGGGGCCGAGGUGCCGCCGCACACACGACACACACUCACACGCGGCGCGUCCUCCAGCCCCGGCCCGGCCCGCAGCUCGCGCCGGAGGGGCAGGGCGCUGACACCGCAGGAGGCAGUGCCUGGACCCGGAGAGACGGAGCCUGUGGCCAGAGAGGCCGCUGAGCAGGGCCAGGCCGGGCCCUGCCUGCAAGGACGCCCGAGCCCUUCGCCGGCCCCUGCUCCCCAGAGCCCACCAGGCUCCCCUGCUGGCCCCACCAUGACGUCGGAGUCCACGUCACCUCCGGUCGUGCCCCCGCUCCACUCCCCCAAGUCCCCUGUCUGGCCCACCUUCCCCUUCCACCGGGAGGGCAGCAGAGUCUGGGAACGGGGCGGAGUCCCAUCUCGGGACCUGCCCAGUCCUCUGCCCACCAAACGGACCAGGACGUAUUCGGCGACAGCGCGAGCCUCGGCCGGCCCGGUGUUCAAGGGCGUCUGUAAGCAGUUCUCACGCUCACAGGGCCAUGGCUUCAUCACCCCCGAGAACGGGUCGGAGGACAUCUUCGUGCACGUAUCUGACAUCGAGGGGGAGUACGUGCCAGUGGAGGGCGACGAGGUGACCUACAAGAUGUGCCCCAUCCCGCCCAAGAACCAGAAGUUCCAGGCCGUGGAGGUGGUGCUCACCCAGCUGGCCCCCCACACUCCUCAUGAGACGUGGUCCGGCCAGGUCGUGGGCUCCUAGGCUGGGUGGGUGGGCAGCAGCUGGCCCGUGACCCCACUGUGCUGGCUAGCUAGUCCCUGGGGCACGUCCCCGUGUGUCUGUGCUUGUGGCUGUGAGCGUGUGCUCUGCCCACCUGUGGCCCGUGACUGCGGUGUGAGCAGGAUGGAGGGGGAGGCGGCCAGGCCUGGCUUCUCUGUGGUCUGCCGCCUCCCUCCCCUCCCUGCCCCAGACACACGAGGCCCACAUGGCCUCCUGGCCACCUCCCCGAGUCAGGCUCCAGGGGAACAGUGGGACCCCUCUCUACACAUGCCCGCUCCUCUUGCCCCCACUUUGUGUCCUCCUCUGCCAGGCCAUGGCCCGGGGACAGACUUUGCUGUGCCACUCACACCUCCCACCCUGGGCUGGGGUCUCCCACAGUGGCCUGGACCCUUCCCCUCUGAGGCCAAGCUGGUGAGUGCUUGCCGGGAGCUCCGCACUGCGGGGCCUGGGGCCUGCCUUCCUGCUCUGUGGCACUGG